GAAAGGAAUCGCCGACCCCGAGCUCCUCCAACUCAUUCCGCCGCAGGCCACUGCCCUCCCUCCUCCCACCGCCGGAGAUUCGCAGCCAUGGCCGACGGGGUCAAGCGCGAGUUCGGGUCCGUCGCCGCCUCCCACCCGGCGCCCUACGCCACCAGGGGCCCGCCCGACGCCGACCGCAAGCCCGUCGCCGCCUCCGCCACCGCCGCCCUCGGCUCCCCGCACCCGCCCGCCGCCGCCGCCUCGCCCACGCCGCACAAGAUCCAGCUCAAGAGCGCCGACAUGAAGGACGAGAUGCAGAAGGAGGCCUUCGAAAUCUCCCGCCUCGCGUUCGAGAAGCACGCCAUGGAGAAAGACAUCGCGGAGUACAUCAAGAAGGAGUUCGACAAGAACCACGGGCCCACCUGGCACUGCAUCGUCGGCCGCAACUUCGGUUCGUACGUGACGCACGAGACUAACUACUUUGUCUACUUCUACAUCGACUCUAAAGCCGUGUUGCUCUUCAAGUCUGGGUGACUGAUGCAGCUGAUGCUUUAUCGCCCUGUGGCGUUGAUCUCCUGUGUGCCCCUCCUUCAUCCAUGUUGGAAAUCAGAAAUUUGGAAGAGCCUCCAUGCUGGUGUGAGAUUAGGUCGUGUGUAUUUUGCUUAUGAUGCAGCUAGGUGUUGUUGACAUUGUCUCAUUGUAAUAUUGCCAGAAAAAUGGACCCCUAAAAAAUCAACAUCGCCAAAGAAACACUCUGAUCUACAGUAGCUGUUGCCGUUUGGAAAGGUGUCCUGGUCUCAUGGGAUAAUCAAAUUAAAAACUGCAUUUUGCUCCUCGUAUGUGAUUCAUACAGUAGUAGAGUGUUACUCAACUUCAA